UGCUUAUCAUGACUUGAUGGGGUUUUAUGAGAGGGUUUACAAGGGGGGGGAGAAGAAAGUGGGAGGGGAAGGGGGUGUGGUUGGGGAGAAGAGCGCGGGGGCGCAAGCUCAGUCGCGCGCGCAGCCGGAGUCGUCGCGCGGCGCGCAGUCAUGGCAACCGGUCUCCCGCCCCUCCAAUCACGUGACUUUCGCUCAAAAACCCCGCAACCCAACCGAGUAUAAACCCCGCUCUACAAACGACCUCCCACGUGACCUCCCCCGCGGAUAUUCAAACGACGAGUACGAACUGAUCCCCAAGGAAACGUAUUUGAAACAGCGCAAAUCUUACGAACUCGCCGCCGUCGUGCGACCCGAAGGAAUCAGCGAUUUCGAGGCCGCGGAUGAUUUGGGACAGGUCCCCGUGAUCAGCUAUGGGAGCCCCUCAUCGCUGAGGUCCGUCCAAUCUUAUUUAACAGCGAGGAACGACGUCAUUUAUCCCAAAAUUCAAGAGAGCAAGUUGCUAGCGCCCUACCACGCCCCACCCACCACACCCACCCCCACCGAGUCGGCCCUCCCCUACCAGCUCAUCCACCCCACCCCCUCAUUCACGUCCCCCCCACUAAUCGACCUCUCCCCCGCUUUGGACUCCUCCUCCUCCUCCUCCCUCGGCACGGUGACAAACUUCCGAACGUCCCUCUACCGCAACCUCCUGUCCGAAACCCUUCAAAAACCCGCCCCACCAAAAGAGCACGUGACCAAAUUUUUCGCGCCCAUCCCGAUAAACCCUCUAGCUCUAAGACAAGCUAAAUCCCGCUAUGGCUCCGGAACCGUUCCGAAAUUUGUCGUGGAGUUGGCAAGGAAACUGAAGCAGGAUAAAGACGUUCAGGGGAUCGUGAGGGUGAGCAGGAGGGAUGGGAAAUCAGGGAAAAUGGUGGAGUUUCUGUACCCAGUGAGGGGGUAAUUGGGGGUGUAUUUUAGUUAUUUAUUGUAGUCAUGGAGUUAUUUAUUUAAUAAAUUAUUUUUAUUUCUAUGGAAA